CAGUCUGCGCCCUUGGGAUACACUCUUACUGGGGAAUGUGCUCUGUGCUUACGGGAAUGACUGGUGAUGUUAAACAAAAAAAAACACACCUUUAGUAAUAACUAUUAUCAAGACUGAAUUCCAGUCAUCAACACACGUUUUUUUUCCCACAAUACAGCAUUUAAUAUCCUGUUAAACACCGAAUAUGGAUUCCGGCUCCAAAAUCUCUCUCCUACGGAACUUCAUUGAAAGUGCAUUCCACUUUCCUCUCGCCGUGCGAAGUAACUAGAGUGGCGACAACACGCCGGCUCCCAAUGGGACCUUUCCACUUUAAUUACAUUCCUUCAGACUGCAGCCUGGAGCUGCUUAGCUUUAUCGUAUCUACCCAAAAGUUUCGCAUCGUUGACUCUGCCUUUACUGUUCAGUGGGAAGCCCUCCCGCCCCGGCGACGGCUCAGUCCACUGCCGCUCGCCCGAGAUCACCCGCUCGUCGGCAAAUCGAUUCACAGAAAUUUAUAUGGCGGUAUUAUGGCCCCCAUGUGUGUGCCCGAAGGAAUGGUCAGUCUCUGCAAUGUAAUGCUGGGUCAUUCUGGAGAAAAGGUUUCUUUCAAUUGUUUGUUCCAGUUUGAAGAUGCCACAAUCUUGAUACAAGAAAUCAUGUGAACAACCUUCAUUUGACCAAGACAUAAGGUUUUGACUGAAAACUGUCUGCCAGAAACCAUUUUCACACGAAGUACUGAUAAUCAUUUCAAGAACUCUCACGAUGUUUGUCACUAGUUUCCAGUUCCCUAGCUCAAUUUGCCCAAGCAACACUAACGAAGAGGAAAGAAGCAGAACCAGGCAGUCGUCGGUCUACGGGCCAUCCAGAAUUGAGAAAGUGCAGCGGAGGGCACAGAGAAGGAAAAACAUAUCAGCCGAGGAUCUCAAACGUGAAGAAAUUGCUGACCGGCUGAAGUGCCCUCUAAUCUUCAUGGCUCCUGUGAUGCUGAUACUUCUGUUGCUUUUCGUUUUAUUUGGAAUUUAUAUAUUAAAGCCCUUUUAUAAAGUUUUAAAUUUCACUGCUGGAAAUUGUACUGUGCUUGAAAUCGGGAUGAAGCCCCAAGGCAGCUGCAGCUCUGACGGGGACAGAUUUUCUCCUUGUGUCCAGAUCAAGGUUACCAUUCAGCUGUCUGAUGGUUCAAGGGGAAGUGCUGUGAUAAUGGAGAAUGAACAAGCUUUGGUGAAUUGUCAGCAGUGCUCUUUUACUUUUGGUCGUCAUGGUGUUUUUGCUGAUCGAUUACUGGACUGUCAGGGCUGGCGAGAAGACUACGAUAGGCUUGCUUGUGUAACAAAUUAUCGUCACCAAUUUGGCCAGAUAAACACCUCCUUUCCAUGCUUCUACAAUCCCGCAAAGCCACACGAAGUGAUCAGGAAAAAGCAGCUGACAUGGGGCAUAGCGAUGAACUCCAUAUUGUGGCCUUUUCUGUGCUUAUUGGGAUAUGGAGCUGCAGGUGGAUUUGUUCUCUUUGACUGCAACGAAAGAAGAAAGUUGAAUGCUCUCUUGGAGGAACAGAAUGCCAAAUCGGAAAGGGAAAAGACGCCAAUAGAAAUACGUAGGAGAAGAAGCAAAAUAGCAUGUCGCCAUGGCAACCAGCAUAUUUCUCAUUUUUCUAAUUAUCCAACAAUGAUCAAUGGCUCCCUUAGUUGUACCUGUUUGGAUCAUGUUUUGGAAGAUCAAACUACUUCAACACCGAGAGCUGAAGCAUCUCAGAGCCACCCAUCAACAGUUUUCUGGACAGAACAGGACCUUUUGAACCUUGAACACAUGGAUUUAGCUGUAACUGAAUAUACUCAGCGAAGGCCCCCAUCCACCUACUCCAAUGUUUUUGUGCCACAGGAAGGAGAAGAGGUUGUUGACAGUGAAACAGAAUGGAACGCACUUUGUGAGAAUAUGGAUUUUGGAAUAUCUGAACAAGAAAUAGAGCAUUAUUUUAACAGUAUUUCGAGAAGACAUCACUUUCGUCAGAACAUUCUACCAUUUCGUCCAUUUACAGUCAUGAAUGAAACCAGGGUGUAAAUUAAAACUGAAACAUUGAAUUUGAAGAGUUAAAAUAUUUGGAUUAUAUUUUUCCAUUGGAUAUCAUAUGAUAUAUAUUCCAUUAGAAAUGAACACUAAGAUCUGGUAAUUAUCAAAAUUGAAUACCAAAGUCUUACAUUUAAUAUAAAUCUAUUAGCCUUUGUUACAUAUGCAAACAAUCUUAAAGACAAAAUCCAUUGAUGGCUCAUCACAUACCAGAUCACUGUAGAAAUUCCCUUGCAAUUAUAAUUACCAGAGUUGGCACAAAUAGUACUUGUGUGAGUCUACUUAGCAGUUAAAUGUUUCAACUGCAUUUCACUCUCACACUUCCUUAGCUACUUUAAUAGAACAGAUAUCAAACUGAUUGUGAACUGUUUUAGUAGUUUUCCUCCCUCUCACUUUCGGCAGAACAAAAGACAAUGCCUCAACUUCCCAUGAAGUGGGAAGGUAUUGAUAAAAUGUAAAAUGUUUAAACACAGAACAUUAUUUGUUAAUUUAAUGUCUCAAGUUAAAUUGUAAAACUGUUUUGAUGUAGAUAGUGACAAUUGAUUGAAACAUUCAAUUUCUUAAAUGCAAAUACUUCAUUCCUAUCAAUGUCAACCUCAGAUUAUCAGUUUCCAAUGCCAUUUCAGUACUCCAUUCAAUGAUUUAAAAGUUUGGGCAUCCCGGUCGAAAUUUCUGUUACCGUGAAUAGUUAAGUGAGUAGAAGAUGAUUUCCAAAAGUCAUAAAGUUAAAUAUGAAACAUUCUUUUCAACAUUUUAAGCAAGAUUAGUGUAUUAUUUUUGUUUUGUACAAUUUUAGAGUGAAAAAAAGGAAAGGAGCACCAUGCAAAAGUUUGGGCACCCCAAGAGAUUUGAGCUCUCAUAGCUUUUACCAAGGCCUCAAACCUUAACUUAGCUUGUUAGGGCUAUGGCUUGUUCACAAUCAUCGUUAGGAAAGGCCAGGUGAUGUAAAUUUCAAAGCUUUAUAAAUACCCUGACUCCUCAAACCUCGUCCCAACAAUUAGCAGUCAUGGGUUCCUCUAAGCAGCUGCCUAGCACUCUGAAAAUUAAAUUUUGCCCUCAAAACAAGAGAAGGUUAUAAGAAGAUGGCAAAGCAUUUUCAGGUAGCCGUUUCCUCAGUUCAGUUCAUAAUGUGAUUCAGAAAUGGCAGUUAACAGGAAUGGUGGAGGUCAAAUUGAGGUCUGGAAGACCAAGAAAACUUUCCGAAAGAACUGCUCGUAGGAUUGCUGGAAAGGAAAAUCAAAACCCUAUUUGACUGCAAAAGACCUUCAGUAAGAUUUAGCAGACUGAAGUGGUGGUGCACUGUUCUACUGUGCAGCAACACCUGCACAAAUAUGACCUCCAUGGAAGAGUCACCAAAAGAAAACCUUUCCUGUGUCCUCACCACAAAAUUCAGUGUCGGAAGUUUGCAAAGGAACAUCUGAACAAGCCUGAUGCAGUUUGGAAACAAGUCCUGUGGACUGAUGAAGUUGAAAUAGAACUUUUUGGCCGCAAUGAACAAAGGUAUGUUUGGAGAAAAAGGGUGCAGAAUUUCAUGAAAAGAACACCUCUCCAACUGUUAAGCACGGGGGUGGAUCGAUCAUGCUUUGGGCUUUAAUUCAAUUGCUUCCAGCAAAUUUUGGAAGCAAACAUCACACAGUCUGUGUAAAAAAAAAAGUUGAAGAUGAAAAGAGGAUGCCUUCUACAACAGGAUAAUGAUCCUAAACACAUCUCAAAAUCCACAAUGGACUAUCUCAAGAUGCACAAGCUGAAGGUUUUGCCCUGGUCCUCGUAGUUCCCCGACCUAAAACAUCAUCAAAAAUCUGUGGAUAGACCUCAAAAGAGCAGUGCAUGCAAGAGGGCCCAAGAAUCUCACAGAAAAAGAAGCCUUUUGCAAGGAAUAAUGGGUGAAAAUCCCCCAAACAAGCAUUGAAAGACUCCUAGCUGGCUACAGAGAGCGUUUACAAGCUGUGAUACUUGCCAAAGGGGGUGUUACUGUGCCCAAACUUUUGUUUUGGGCCCUUUUCCUUUUUUGUUAUUUUGAAACUGUAAAAGAUAGAAAUAAAAAAAGUAACCAUGCUUAAAAUAUUAAAAGAAAUGUGUCAUUUUUAACUUCAUGCCUUUUGGAAAUCAAGUAAUCUUUUACUUGCUCAGCUAUUCACAGUAACAGAAAUUUUGACUAAUGGUGCCCAAACUUUAGCAUGCCACUGUUAGUCUGUACUGUUUUGAGUGCCUACCUAUUCCUAAAUAAAUAGAUCCUCCCUUCUCAGUAAUAUAGCUUUUAUCCAUCUCUUCAAAUAAUGAUAGUCAAUUCUAUGGGCAAGUAUAAUCUUUUGAUUAAUGUUUUUUUAAAGCAGUACAAAAGAUGAAAUAUAAAUUUUACUUGUAUAUAGUUUGAGUUCUAAAUAGGUUCUCUCUUUUGAGCUGGUUUGGUAGAUUUUGAGCCAACACAACACCCAGAAAUUCUUUCCCAUGAUAUUGUAUAAUUUCCUUUUCCUUGCUCUCCUCCAUGAUCUAACAGUCAUAGACAGCAUGAAGAUGGAAGGUUGCAAUUGUUAUUGAUUCCAGGUCCAAUACAUGGUUGUAUGAGUUCCUUAUGAAGGAAUCCUAAAUCUAAUUGUUGUAUAUUGAAUCAAAAGCAAAAAAUAUUAGGGAGGAUAGAAAUCUGAAACAAAAACAGAAAAUGCUGGAAAUAUUUAGAAGGUUUGCAGCAUAUGUGAAAAGAGAAGAGUCAAAUGUUUCUGGUCAAUGCUGAACAUUUCCACAAAAUUCUAUUUUUGUUGUUGGAUCGAUCCACUGAUCAUCUUCCAUAUACUAUAAGAUCAGAAGGUGGAUGAUGCUUGCAUAGUGCUCAGCCAUCCACGUCCUCAUGCAAGAAGACCUACAUAACAUUUAACCAUGGACAGAUACGCAACAUUUGAAACACACAAUUGCAAGCCAGUGACUAUCUUUAGGACAUCCUACUGAUGUUCAAUAAGAUUAUCAUUAUCAAAAUCCCCACAAUUAUCAUUCUGGAUCAUCACUAAUAAAGGGGCAUACCUGGAUCUGAUAAACAGAUGGGUAUGAUGAAGCAAAAGACUCAGCACCUUUUUGUUUCCAAAACCUCCCAAAAUCAGAAGUCAGAAUUAUAAUACUCCCUUUUUAUUUGGUUGAAUGAGUCUAGAUAAAUCAACUUUAAAGAAAUAUGGUACACUCAGGAAAAAGCAGCCUUCUUGACUGGCAGCAACUCGUGGAAUAGGCCCUUAGUGUACCAGCUGCGCAACUUACCAAGGCUUCUUUGAAUUGUACCUUCUGUUUCUACAACCUCUACCACUUAUAAAAUCAAGCGCAGAGGAAAAAUUACUGUUGCAUUUCUCCCCCAAGUCACACAUCAUCCUGGCUUGAAAAUAAAUCUUCAGUAUUUCACCAACACUGGGUCAAACACAUGGAACUCAACUUUACUAGAAGGAAUUCAGCAUCUAUUUCUGAAGGAGAGUUAGGGUUAGGCAUUAAGUGCUGUACUUUAUAAUAACACUCACAUUCUAUGCAAGAAUACAAGGUAGGCCAUUGCAUACUGAAAGACAUUUUUAACAGCUCUAUAAAAAUGUACUGUAUCUUCACUUAACAAUAAAUUCAAAUGCACAAAGGAGAGCAAACUUUAUUUUAUUAAAUCAUGCACAUCACAUAUGUUAGUGCAAAUACUUUAAUUUGUACUCCAGAAAUUCUACUUUACUUUUCAACCUUUUUUACAAAAUAGAUUUAAAACAAUUAUUUAACUUUAAAAAAUUCAUUUCUGCAAUUCAGCAUAUCAGAACAAUAUUUGCAAACAACCUAUGUACAGGAGGUACCAAGAACCACUGGCAUGAGUGUGUGUGUGUACAUGUAUGUGCAGUUGAGGUGGAAUACCAUAACUUAAUAGUAAUUUAAACAUUUGCUCAGACCAACAACUUUAGAGCAAAUUUGCUUGUUUCCACACAGACAAGUGUUUCUUUGCCCCACAACCAUUUAAACAGAAGAAAUUUCCCAAGAUGAAAGGGACAGCUAAUAAUCCCUACACUCACCCUCAACGUGCUUAAGAUAAACUAUAUAGCAGAUUUGUCAACGUUCUUUAAGAUCUAUUUUUAUUGUCAAGAGUAUUUUAAACAAGCUGUAUUUUAAAGUGUUCUUUUUCAUUUGACUUACUACUGAGUCUUGUACCAAUAUUUGUAGUUACAUUGUACAACUGCAGACUUUCUGUGGUUGAAUUAGUUUUAAAAUAAGGCAAUAUCCAACUGGCUAAGUUUCAUGAAAAAAUUAAGAUGAUAAUCCAUUUUUCUCCUGUGACUCGCUUCAAAACAAAGUGCUUGCUGGUGUGACUCCUAUAAUGAACAUAUCAGCUGUCAGAAAGACAGCUGAAGGUUCGUCCUGGGAAUGUAGUGAUUAAGGCAGUAGCAUUACACUGCUUUAUGAUUGCAGAUUUGAGUCCCAGUCAUGGCUAACAUUUGAAGCAUAAACCUCACUCCUGUGCAUCAGAAAUAUUUCAUUCAACUCUAAUACAGAUAUCCCCAUUCCUAGGGAGGACAAAUAAACAUUUAUUCUUUUUUUUAAAACUCAGUGAUACACAGCUUCCCACCAACUGAUGCACAAAGGAGCAUGGAUGGUGCUGUAGAAGGGUCUGUGGUCCACUUACCUUCACCAGGUUAAACAUCAAUUAUGAUAGUAAUCGAUAAUUGAAUGCAAGUUACUACUGUUUCUUCACACUUUUUAGUGAACAGGAGGUUUAGGAAAUGUUGGGAUACAUCGAAAUUCCAUGAAAAGCACGUCUUCCAGGCAUUACAUUUAAUUUUUGAAACUCAACAGGAGUUUAAAUAGCAUCGUUGAUGAUUCAAACUUCUCCACCACAUAGUAAUUUCUCUUUGGGCCUAUGUGCAUCAGCAGGUGGAAUUGUACCACAAUGGCUAAAGGAAACAGUAGAA